UACGGCUCUUCCUAAGAACUUGAAGCCCCCUCUCUCUAAAUAAAAAAAUGCAUUUACAAGACAAAAAAGACUUUUCAAAAAGCCUUUGCCCUCCUAUUCAACGGGGCUAUUAGAGAAGCUGCUUCGUUCCUUGACUUCUUUGCUCAGUCAAGCUUCCUUGUUCCUUAGUGUAGUCUCGGUCCAUAGUUUAAGGCUCCGUUCCUUAUAGCCUAGUCUAUAUCCACAGCUGACGGUGACUCCGUUCCGUACCGACGCCCUUCCCUUUGUAGACGGCUAAGUGACUUCGUAACCUUAACGUACUUAUUUUCGUACUUUCUUUAUUACUAUAUCAUAGGCCUUCGUCGGGCUUUCAUCCCUUCGCCUAUAGGCGAAGGCUUGGCUUCGCUAUCGCUCAUGACUUGGUAUAGAGUCCGUGUAGUCGUCGGCCUUCCCACCAGAAGGCCUAUGAUAUAGUGGUCGGCCUUUCGAAUGCCUCCUUCCUUACUUUUCUGAGAAGCUUUUUACGACUAUAAAAGACAGGGGGCUGUUCCCCUUUGGAAACUUAGCUACACCGGUCACGACAUGUUGGAAGGGGGGAGGGAAGCGAAGCUUAGCGAGCUUUAUAAGGCCGACCGCUACAUAAGCCGCUGGCGGAAAAAGCUCGAAGAGCUUCCCUUCCCUUCAUUCGUUGCUAAGCCAAGGUCCCAGGUCUCCGAGUCAGCCCGCGCUUUUUCGAAGAAUCCUGCACCCAUGGGCAUACGGCCUGGCAGGCCUUCCCUUUCCGCCGGAGCUUCAUGGGUGUUGCCCCGUUCCCCAAUCAGAUGUUUGGAUGUGAGCUAUACUCCGCGAGGAGCCAAACGGGCGUAUGGCCUUGCCUUGCCAUUUGACCUCUCUUCCCGUGUGACUAGGAAUGCUCAGUGACAACCUCUCAAUUGUCACCGCCUUGCCUCUCUUGCUACCGCGGUAGCACCUAGUGUGGUCAGCACCAAUCGUGUUCGGGCAACGAAGCUUACACUCAUUCACAUUGGUUCAUCCUGCUAUACCCUGGGCCUUUUGCUCUUCUAACGUAAAAGGUGGCCGGCCUUUCGUCAAGGCUCAGGAAUCCGCUGGACAUCUCAGCGGCGGGAUUGGAUACCCGCAU